UAAAUCAGUGAAAAAUCAUUCCUUUCUAGGUUUCCUAUAUAGUAUAGAUCUAUCAAUGGUGGUUCUGCAUGAAGGAUCAGCCUAAUGCUCAAGUUGAGUUGCAAUAUUAGCCAACGAUGACUGCAUAUUUGUACCAGUGAAGCUAUCAAAAGAACAAUCUCUAGUAGUAAAGUCUCUGGUUUAGUCUACAGUUGUAAAAUCUGGCUGAAUACCAAAGAACAAUCUAUAUUAGUAUUGUUAUAUAUAGAUAUAUAUGUGUAUUCUUUGUGCAAGGCUCUCCCAAAAAGCUUCAGGUUACGCCUUAGAGUUUUAAAACAUUGGGUAAGAUAAACUGGGCGUUAAUAACUAGCAUGAAACCCUCAAAUUUUCUUUCAAUCUAUUAAAAAUAGAAGACAAAUGCAUACCCCUCACAUGUGUGUUUAAUUAUGUGCUAGAUUAGCUUCUGGUUUUGCAUUUGUUAUACAUGUAAGACAAUUUAUAUUGGACACAGAAUAUUAUUAUUGUUUUAUUACCCGAUCGCAUCUAAAUUCUGCAGAUCCACCACCCACGCAGGGACAAUUAGUACCACAUUUUUGACCUGAUUAGUGCUUGCAAUCUCUAUGUAUUGGUAUCAAUAUACCUAUUUGACCUAACUAUCAUCAUGAGUUGUUUCCAGUGCUUAACACUAACUAGGUUCGUUGCUUUCUAAUAGUUCAAGAAAAUCUUUCCUUUGCUUGCUUGCACAAUCAAAGCCCCAAGCUUCUCAUGGUGCCCCUAAUGCUUCAAAUUCAUAAUGUUCCUUCCCUUCCUCUCUGUACUUCUCUGAUUGCGCUAGUUAUCCUAGUUCUAUAUUGGAAGAGAUUGAAAAGCAGCCAUACCUCAAGUCUUAGUCUGCCCCCAGGUCCGCGGAAGCUACCCGUUAUAGGAAACUUGCUUCAGUUGGUAGGCUCGCUACCUCAUCAUUCUCUAAGAGACUUGGCCAAGAGGUAUGGACCAAUCAUGCACAUCAAAGUGGGACAAGUAUCAGCCGUAGUGAUUUCAUCUCCGGAACUAGCUGAAGAGGUGUUGAGGACACAUGAGACUGCCUUCUCGCAACGCCCCACUGUUUUUGCUAUUGAGGUUUUGUCUUAUGAUUUUUCAAGUAUCCUCUUUUGUCCUAAUAAUGAUUACUGGAGACAAAUGCGCAAGAUUUGCGUGUCGGAGCUCUUAAGUACAAAGCGUGUGCAUUCUUUUGCAUCAAUAAGAGAAGAAGAGGCAUGGAAUCUUGUCGAAACAGUUUAUUCUUCAGCAUCACAGCCACAGCUAGUGGUCAACCUCAGCGAGAUGAUUUUCUCCAUGCAAAACGGCAUCACUGCCCGGGCAGCCUUGGGGAAGAAGUGCAAACAUCAACAAGAAUUUACCUCAUUGAUCGAUGAAAUCAACCAGCUUGCAGGAGGCUUUGCAGUGCCAGAUUUGUUCCCUUCUCUCAAAUUCCUUCGUCAUGUCACACGUUUCAAGCCUGCCCUUGAGAAAAUACACGGCAAAAUGGACAGGAUGCUUGAUGAAAUCAUCAAUGAUCAUAAAGUGAAAAGAGAAUCAUCAGCUGGUGAUGAUCCUCUGCAAGAAGAUAUAGUUGAUGUGCUUUUACAACUUCAGGAGUGUAGUUAUCAGAUCCAGCUUGAUGUCAAAACCAAGCAUAUCAAAGCUAUCACAAUGGACACGUAUACUUCUGGAAGUGAAACUUCAGCAACUACCACAGAAUGGGCAAUGGCAGAACUAGUGAGAAAUCCAAGAGUAAUGGAGAAAGCACAAGCUGAGAUACGACAACUUCUUGCAGGCAAGAAGAAAAUCCAUGAUGCAGACAUUAAAAAACUAGACUACCUGAAAUUGGUCGUAAAGGAAACUCUACGGUUACACCCUCCUCUUGCCUUAAUCGCAAGACAAGCCACUCAGACAUGUAAAAUUAGUGGAUAUGAUAUACCAUCUGAAACCAAACUCCUGGUCAAUGCUUGGGCAAUUGGGAGAGACCGAAGGCAUUGGGGGCGCUAGUGCUGAUUGCUUUGAGCCUGAAAGGUUCCAAGGUUCUUCCAUUGAUUUUAAAGGGACCAACUUCUAAUUUAUUCCAUUUGGGGCUGGUAAGAGAAUCUGUCCAGGCAUAUCAUUUGGAACUGCAUCAGUUGAGAUUGCACUUGCUCAACUGUUGUACCACUUCAACUGGAAACUCCCCAAUGGGACAAAAUUAGAAGAGCUUGACAUGACUGAAUCAAUGGGAAUGAGCGCAAGGAAGAAGAAUGACUUGAAAGUUAUUGCCACUCCUUACAUUCUGUAAUGAAACAAUUAGCUUCUCUUUAAAGUUUUUCCAAAUGCAUUUACUACUCAUUGUUUUAAUGUAUCUCUUAUGUGCUUCUAACAAGGACGCUUUGAAUAAUAUCUAUUUACAAGAGGAUUGUAAAUAGGCUGUAUUGUAGACAUUCGCUUGGAAUAAGAGUCAUUUAUGCUGGGACAAAUUCUAUGUACUCCUUGACCCAUGCA